AGCAGAGCUCAGCCAGCCGCCUACGAGCUGCCCCCUCUGUCGCCGGUGUGCCGGGCUCUGCCUCAGCAGCCCGCGCCGGUGCUUAGCGAGCCCGCCGGUCCGCGGCCCCAGCUCCGCGGGCGGGUUCAGCAUCCUCCCGCCACCCGGCGCCCGCAUCAGCUCGCGCUGCCCCGCGACCUCCGGCCGGGCGCCACUGCCUACGCCACUCGCUGCAACUUCUGCAGCGGCCGGCCUUCUGCCCGGCUUAGAAGUUUGCAGCUCCAGCCACAAAGUUGGCACACUUGGACAAUCGAAUUUUGCCUAGAGUGCAGGUCUCCUCAGCUCGUGGAUCCUGGUGCUUGCCAUCUUGGUGGGAUCCCGGGACCUGGACUUUCCCUGAACAACACACCCUCGGGGAGAAAUAAAUCAAAAAAAAACUUCCCUUUUCCCUCUAGGAAGAACGAGCGAGUUCUUUAAGGAUGGUGCUGUUCCCCUGCUGUCUGCUGUGGCUCCUGUUACCGCUCACCUCGAGGACACAAAAGCUGCCCACCCGAGAUGAGGAGCUUUUUCAGAUGCAGAUCCGGGAUAAGGCAUUUUUCCAUGAUUCAUCUGUGAUUCCAGAUGGAGCUGAAAUCAGCAGUUACCUCUUUAAAGAUACACCUAGAAGGUACUUCUUCAUGGUUGAGGAAGACAACACCCCAUUGUCUGUCACGGUGACGCCCUGUGAUGCCCCUUUGGAGUGGAAGCUCAGCCUCCAGGAGCUGCCUGAGGAGGCGAGUGCAGAUGGAUCAGGUGACCCAGAACCGCUUGACCAGCAGAAGCAGCAGGUGACAGACGUGAAGGGCACAGAGCUGUUCUCCUACAAAGGCAAUGACGUAGAGUAUUUUCUGUCUUCAAGUUCACCAUCUGGCUUGUAUCAGCUGGAGCUUCUUUCGACAGAGAAAGACACACAUUUCAAAGUAUACGCCACCACCACUCCAGAAUCUGAUCAGCCAUACCCCGAAUUACCAUAUGACCCCAGAGUCGAUGUGACCUCUCUCGGACGUACCACCGUCACUUUGGUCUGGAAGCCCAGCCCCACGGCUUCUAUGCUGAAACAACCCAUCGAGUACUGUGUGGUCAUCAACAAGGAGCACAAUUUCAAAAGCCUUUGUGCAGUGGAGACAAAGAUGAGUGCAGAUGAUACCUUCAUGAUGGCACCCAAACCUGGCUUGGACUUCAGCCCUUUUGACUUCGCCCACUUUGGAUUUCCAACAGAUAAUUUGGGUAAAGAUCGCAGCUUCCUGGCAAAACCUUCUCCCAAAGUGGGGCGACAUGACUACUGGAGGCCCAAGGUUGACAUUCAGAAAAUCUGCAUAGGAAAUAAAAACAUUUUCACAGUCUCUGACCUGAAGCCGGACACCCAGUACUACUUUGAUGUCUUCAUGGUCAAUACCAACAGCAACCUGAGCACGGCUUAUGUGGGUACUUUUGCCAAGACCAAGGAGGAAGCAAAACAGAAGACAGUGGAGCUGAAAGAUGGGAGGGUCACGGAUGUGUUUGUUAAAAGGAGGGGAACAAAGUUUCUGCGCUUCGCUCCAGUCUCCACCCACCAAAAAGCCAGCUUCUUUAUUUACUCUUGCCUGGACGCUGUUCAAGUACAAGUGAAACGAGAUGGGAAGCUGCUUCUGUCACAGAACGUGGAAGGCGUUCGGCACUUCCAGCUGAGAGGAAAACCCAAAGCGAAAUACCUCAUUCGACUGAGAGGCAACAGGAAAGCAACAUCUAUGUUGAAGAUACUGGCCACCACCAAGCCCAAUAAGCAGGCUUUCCCCUCUCUUCCAGAAGACACAAGAAUCAAAGCCUUCGAUAAGCUGCGCACCUGCUCUUCCGUCACAGUGGCUUGGCUAGGCACCCAAGAAAGGAGAAAGUUUUGUAUCUACAGAAAGGAGGUGGAUGGCAACUACAGUGAAGACCAGAAGAGAAGAGAGCAAAACCGGUGCCUUGGACCAGACACCAGGAAGAAGUCAGAGAAAGUCCUCUGCAAAUAUUUCCACAGCCCAAACCGGAAAAAAGCAGUGACCUCAGAGACGAUCAAAGAUCUGCAGCCUGGCAAGUCUUACCUGCUGGAUGUUUAUGUUGUAGGACAUGGGGGACACUCCUUGAAGUAUCAGAGUAAAGUUGUGAAAACAAGGAAGGUCUGCUAGUUACCUUGAGUGAAAGAUGUAUAGAACUCCAGGAGUGAUAGGGCGUCACUUUGUAAACUGACUGCUCUGACAAAGGACCAAAGUUGUGACCUGUGCUUGAAAGGAAAGAUACCAACAAGUGUACAUCGAUGUUUGUAUAGCAUAACCUGGAGACUUGUACUCACACAUACCUGUGGUACUUAGGGUCUAUCCGUCUGAUGCUGGUUGAUGUCAAAGGAAGAGGGUACUUUGAUGUAUACCACUCCUUGCUUUGAGCAUUGCAUGAACUGCUUCUAAAUUAUUUUAUUACAUAAAAUUUAAAACCAUGCCAGUUGUUGCACACAUUCACAAAUGCAAAUAGUUCCUCUCUAUAGAUGCUAGGGGAAAUAUACAUAUAUAUAUAUAAAUUAUUUAAUAAAUUCUGUUUCAAAUGUUGGUGUUUCUAUUGUUAUAAGCUAUUAAAUUCUUUCUGUGUUAAAGUAUAGAUCUAAUCUAAGAUCACAUUGCCCUCUAGGCAGUAAUAUUGUUGUUGUAAAUUCUUAUUUGUUCAGUAAAAUGUUUAAAUACUAUAUGUAUCUCUUGUAAAAAGUUGAUAUACAUUAUAUUCAUGUACAUAAAAUUAAGAAUAUUAGAUUAUUACACUGUUCAUUUUCCCAAACAGUACUGUGGUGUAUUCAGUUUCUUAUCUGUUCCUAAAACUGUGCUUUUCUGUAACUUGGCACCAAAAUUUAGUCUUAUUUAGCAGCUAGGAAGGAAUAUUGCUUGUCUUGAUAUUUACUGGCACCAAAAGACA